AUGACUACCCGAGCCGUCCGUGGCUACCGCACAAUAUCUAAAGAUGCGGCAUGCCUGCUCGCGGGAGCCAUCCCUUGGGAUUUAGACGCGCGUGCCUUCGCCGACGUUUUCUGGCGUUGCGCAGAAGCCCGCGCGGGGGGCAGCAACCCCCCACCGGACGUCGUACGUCGGUGGAGGAAUGACGCUAGAGAGACGGCUAUUGAAAUGUGGAGAGAGCGGCUAGAGAACCCGCAAGUCAGCGUAGACUUGGUGCUGGCGAUCCGCCCUGUACUCAAGGAAUGGCUCGACAGGAAGACAGGAGCACUCUCGUUCCGCCUCACGCAGGUGCUGACCGGGCAUGGGUGCUUCGGUCGGUACCUGUGCGAGAUCGUCGGAAGGGAGGAGAAUACACGCUGUCACCAUUGUGACGCGGACAGGGAUACGGCCGAUCACACCGUGAUGGCCUGUCCCUCCUGGAUUGGACAACGCGAGGCCCUGACGGCCGCAAUCGGACCUGACAUCACGCUGCCAGCAUUGGUGCGAGCCUUGCUGCGCGGCGACCCGGACUGGAAAGCGGUGGAAGACUUCGCCGAAGAAGUUAUCUCCGCCAAAGAGGAGGCCGAGCGCAUAAGAGAAAGGGAGGCGCUCGACCCCAGAAGACGGCCAAGGCGUAGACGUCGUGCCAACAAUGGCGACAACAACAUCCCGCCAUAA